AAGAUAUAGAAACAACGGCUGUUUGUAUGGUCUUCUGUAUUGGCAUUACCAAUGGUCGCCGUCGUUUUAACUUUCUAGAACGCCUAACCUUUUUUUAAACCUGUAUUACAGUCUUGUUGGCAAGCUCUAUAAAAGGCAAUCCUCCUCCUCAUCUUAUAUUCAACUGUUUCUCUCUUCAUCAUCUUCUUCUUCCUUCUUCUUCCUGUGUAGCUAGCUGCUCUCUCAAUUUAUUUCAAUCCCCCAUCUUUGCUCUCUGGUUGGGUUUCUCUCCAUUAAUAGCACCACAGUCUUGCUGUUUUUUUUGUUCAUGGACUUUAUUCCGGGUCUCCCGGACGACGUUGCCCGCCAAUGUUUAAUUCGCGUUUCUUAUGAAAAAUUCUCCACCAUCGCCGCGGUUUGUAGGGUUUGGAAGAGUGAGGUUGAGGACCCUGAUUUUUUCCGACAGAGGAAAACGGCAGGGUAUACUCGACCUGUUUUCGCCAUGGCGCAGGCCCGGGUGGUCCCGAAUCGGAGUUCUGGUGGGAUGAAGUGUCCCACGCUUGCUUAUCGGGUCACGCUUUUGGACCUUGAAACGGGUAAUUGGAGCGAGUUACCGCCGGUUCCUGGUUUUUCCGAUGGGUUGCCGAUGUUCUGUCAACUGGUGGGAGUCGAGUCGGAGCUUGUGGUGGUGGGCGGGUGGGAUCCGGAUACAUGGGAGAUUUCGAGCUCUGUGUUUAUUUACAAUUUCCUGUCGGCGACGUGGCGGCGGGGAGCGGAUAUGCCAGGUGCGCGGAGGUCGUUCUUUGGAUGUGCGGCGUCAGGUUUGGAGCGGGUGGUGUAUGUUGCGGGUGGGCAUGAUGGUGAGAAGAACGCAUUGAAGUCAGCGCAGGUGUAUGACGUGGCAAAGGAUGAGUGGGCCCCACUUCCUGACAUGGCAAGGGAGCGCGAUGAAUGCAAAGGAGUAUUCCACCGCGGUAAGUUUCAUGUCAUCGGCGGGUACUGCACAGAGAUGCAAGGCAGGUUCGAGAGGAGCGCGGAAGCCUUCGAUUUUGCCAACUGGGAGUGGAACAAGGCAGAGGAGGAUUUCCUGGAAGACAGCACGUGCCCGAGGACCUGCGUGGACGGUGGUGACAUGGGGAUGUACAUGUGUCAUGCGGGUGAGGUGGUGGCACUGCAGGACUCCAGAUGGCAGACAGUAGACAAAUUGCCAGCUGAGAUUCGCCACACAGCUUACAUGACAACAUGGGAGGGGAAGCUGUUAGUGAUUGGGUGCAGAAGCUUUGGUGAAGCCCAUGUGGCGUACAUGUUGGAUUUGAAGAGUCACAGGUGGAGGAAAUUGGUGGCGGCGGAGGAGUUUUGUGGUCAUGUUCAGUCAGGUUGCUGUUUGGAGAUCUAAAUGGUCCGGAAUGAAAAAUGAGAAAUUCUUGUCUAUGUUGUUGUUGUUUGAGGGAUAUGAUGAAAUGAUAGAGAAUUUCUUAGAAAAUUUAAAACACCAAAUUAGAAUGCAGUGUUGAGUUGAAUAAAAGCUCUCUCUUUCACUCA